AUGCGACAUCAGGACAACGCAGGAUGGAUAGGGAGAACAUUGAAUGAAGUGAAGGAGGAAGAUUUAUGGUCGAUGGCAAAUACUUUGGAACAGGAGGGAUAUAACGCUGGAUCAUGGUCAAUAGAGGGAGGCCAUUGUCAAGACAAGAAAUGGAGGAUAUAUCAGAACGAAUCAUUGAAUAGCGGACGAUGCUCAUCCUGCGACCCUCAAGGAGCUGUAACCAUCCGAACCACCCAAUUCAUCACCAACCGUCUCCUUAACAGACGUCAAUUCAUCGUCACCAUCUUCCACCCUACCCGAGCCAACAUCUCUCGAUCCGAAUUAGGUGAAAAGCUCGCUGGAUUAUACAAGACCGAAGCCGCUCGAGUAUCGGUAUUCGGCUUGAAGACCAAGUUCGGUGGUGGUGUUUCAACUGGUUUCGGUUUGAUUUACGAUGAUGAGGAAUCACAAAAGAAGUUCGAACCCAAGCACAGACUUGUAAGAUCCGGUCUCGCCGACAAGGUCGUCAAGGCUUCCAGAAAACUUAGAAAGGAGAGAAAGAACCGAUCUAAGAAGGUACGAGGAAAGGCUAAGACCAAGGCCGGUGAACCCGCCAAGAAGAAGUAA